AUGCACAAGAGACGACCGGAUCAUUUUGUGAUUAAAGUCACAUGUCGUUCCCUUGGUGGUGUACCGUCUGAUCUACGUUCAAAAGUAUGGCAAGAGCUCUUGGGUGUUGCUCGAAGUGAACGAUUGUAUUUGGAUCAAAGUAUAUUACAAGUUGAAGAAGAUCUAGUGAAUCAACGGGUUAUUACAGCUGAUGCUGGUCGGACUCGAGGUAAUGAGCCUCGGUUUCAACAACCCGAGACAGUUGAAUUGGUUGUUAAACUUCUUACGUACUAUUGCAAGUGUCGCAGUAUUCAAUACAAACAAGGCAUGAAUGAAGUGCUCGCACCUUUUCUAUUGCUCACGGAGCAACGUGAAGGAUGUCAAGAUCAUGUUCCAUUGGCCGAGGGUGUUGUCUUUCAGUGCUUUUAUGCUCUUAUUGACAGAUUCUUGCCCCAUGUAUUCAUGGAUAAAGAAUUUCGAUCGUUGCAAUGUUCAUUCCAGCUCUAUCGAUUACUCAUGUUGUAUCAUGAUCCCGAAUUGUGUCAUUAUCUCGAUCAACAUGAUAUGACCCCGGAACUUUACGUUACGCCAUGGUUUAUGACGCUGUUUGCACGCUCUUUACCGCCCGAGUUUGUGUUUUACUUAUGGGAUAUGUUUUUGCUGGACGAAGGACCGUAUUUGCUACACUUUGUGGCGUACGCACUCGUGGCUGCAAACCGAAAGCAGAUUUUUGAAGCAGAAAUUGCCAUGCUACCACAAGUGCUAAGCUCACUGACUUUUUCUUCGCGACAGGAAUUGGAGCACGUUUGUGCCACUGCACUCGCGAUCUCAGAAUCCACUCCGCGAUCGUUUAAGCGCGACUUGUACUCGGUCUGCUAUGGCGGCUUCGCGGACACCAUGGUGCCGUUUUUGGAUCAACUGUACGCGUGUUCCAGUCUACAAGUUUAUCCUGAAGAACUCGUUCGCAAUUUGCAGGAUCGAUUAGCAACGAAAAGCAAAGAGCGGAUGUCAAUGCUGCCUUCAGCUGCUUUGACUGAAAAAGAAAAACCAUCAGAUGUUAAAGACGCGCUUAAUCCGUUAAAGUCACCGGAUAGCGACCGACCACCGCUGUUGUAUCAUUCAGGAAAUGAGGAUGAAAAUGAAUCAACAGCGUUGAAGUUCAUUGUGCUGGAUUGCCGACCAGCAGAGGAGUACCACAAGUCGCAUCUGAGUCUUUCUCAUCACAUUUACCCAAGCAUCACGAAACGACCAGAUGCCCUUGAUGGAUUGAUAAAAGACUUAUCUCAGAUGAAAGGCUGCCACUUUUGCUUUGUUGGCCCCUCUAUCGACUCGCCGUCUAUCUUAUCAAGGUCCUCAUCUAACAACGCAGCUAUGAGCACGACUGUGGCCAUUUCAAAUGAUAAGUCGCAGCACCUAUCGAUACAGGAUCCUAGUCAGAGGCCAAUUGAAGUUGCAGUAGCAGGAAAAGUCGCCGGAGGGACACCACCGUUCUCUUCACCAACCGGAACCGUAGCAUUUUCUCACAAGCAGAGUCCUGGAGAACCUGGUGCGCUAGCGAGCAAAAUCAACAGAAAUGGAGAUUCUGAGCUACAUGUACAUGCAGAGGACGUGUCUGUGACACGACUCGUGCUAAUGUUUUUGGAAAAAGGAUUCAAGUACGUAAGUCGGCUCGACGGGGGGUUCGACGAGUUAGAGAAGUACAUCCGAAGCAUGGAUGCGUUCGCGCAGGAGCAACUUCUAGUGUCGUCGCCACCACCACUACCAACGUACGAGCAAUCAAUGGCCGAUUCAGCUGAAACAGAGAAAUUGAAUUUGCUUGCAACAAUGGGUCUUAAUGGGUCACGAGAAUGUGAAGACGAUGUUGUGCUUGAAACCAAUACGAGCACACGUGCUGAGACAUGUGACGCGAACAGCGGUCGCUAUGGUGCUAGUAAAAGCAUGGAUACUUUAGACCUAUCAGUUCCGCGCAGUAGUUUUGCAAAGGAAUUGAAGGGAAUGAAGAAGAAGGAGGCAAAGGUCAACACCACGACGAAUUCUACUGUAUCGACAUUCUCACAACGUCUUUUACUGUUGAAAGCAGCAGCUAAAGACGCAGUUUCAUCAUCCUCGAGCUCGACUGAUGGAAAUAACAUUCGUGUGGCUACUAAGUCAAAUAGUUCAGUCGUAGGUGCCGGAGGGGAUGGAUGGGUGGAAGUGCGUGUUAAGAAAGGUGAAGUUGCUGGGACAACCACGGAUGUUAAAAUACAGCCUGGUCCUAUCGGAAUCUCAUUCCGGAAGUCCCGUACAUCAAAGAAAUAUCAAGCUGCCGUCGAUAGUCUAGUUCCUGACAGUCAAGCAUCAGCUACGAUGCUCAUCAAUGCCGGAGAUUUGCUAGUCGCGAUCAACGGAGACAGUCUGAAAAACAAGGCAUUUUUGAGUGUCAUCAAGCUUAUAAUUGAAGCGCCUCGGCCGGUGGUAUUGCGUUUUCUUACCCCGACUUGUACGGAUAAGGAAGCAGUCACAAUUCAACCGCUGGCCCCAAGACUGGUUAGCGCGACGAGGCACUCUCUCUGUAUCGCCUGGGAAAAAUUGCCUGUCUCGAUGGCAUCCUCCGCGGUAGUAUUACAUGAACUCGAGUUUGCGAAGCAAUGUGAUGGUGAUGGAAUCAAUACUUGGCUUCCAGUUGUAAUGAAGCAGGAAGGAACAGCCGAGGUGUAUACGACUGGUGUUACCGAUAAGACAAACGGCACGAUGGUUGGUCUUGAGCCUGGUGAAUCGAUGGUGUUCCGCGUGCGUUGUAAAGGCGGGCAGCGUUGGGGGCCUUACAGUUUAUCGAGCAAAUCUAUGAGGACGCUGGAUGUGCUGACGGCAGAUGCGUCAAAACCAGCGCCCGGCGCCGUUACACCGACACUAGGAAGCCAAAAAGAGUUGACUGCUGCGGUUUUUCUACCUGGUGUUUGCCCCAAAUACGUCGAGCGAGGUCGAUUUUUCUAUCGCGUGCUCCAAGCGUCACAAGCACGCAGCCGCCCGGAUCUUAAUGCCAAUAAACUGGACAUUAUAUUGGAAAGAGGCCAAGUGAUUAGAGGCUCUGAAAGACUUGUGUGCCCUGGCACGAAUCAAAUUUUUGUUCGCCUUAUCUACGGCAACAGUGGUGACACUGGGGAUCAAGAUAAGGAAAUUGAAGGCGUUCAAGGAGAAUUAAUGGUACUCGGUAACGGCCAGAGUAAGGCAGAUGGUGAUUCUGAUGGUGUGUGGGCUUCUGAAAACACGGCCCAAGGCGAUGUGAUUCUUGAACGGCUUCCUGAGUCUACUAUUGCAGAAAUCGGGCCUUCGCUGGGAGAGCAAGCCAAGUCCGUGGUCCAGUCAUUCCUAAGUUCUCACGGUAUUUCCCAACGUAGCAACGGAAGCCGUGGCGAUCAUGUCAACUCCAACAGUUCGUCAUCGAUCGGCUCAUUGAUUUCCAAUGCUGCGAGUAGGAGUAGUACUAGCAGCGUUUUCUCGUCUAUUCAUGCCCCUGCACCGCCACAUAUUCUACGAACAUCCCCCGCAUCAAGCUCAGAAAUAAUUGUUACAUGGAACCCUGUGAACGAUAUACAUGUGGCUAAGUACCAGAUUCAGUACGCGAGAGGUCGGUUUGCUGCCAUUUGGUGGACAGUAAAACCUGACAUUGCCCCGGAAACAUGUAGCUACUCAGUCACGGGUUUGCAUUCAAACACAUCCUACCGCUUUCGUAUUCGAAGCGGGACGAAAGACAAGAAGUGGAGUCCAUUCAGCGACUCAAGUGAAAGUUGCCGUACACUUCCUACUUCUUCGGACAGCGUUUUCAGUGGGGCAGCGAUUCAUCGGCAAUCUGCAAGCAGUGGUAGAAACAAACGUUCAGCGACGACAUCAUCAAUUUUGGCGCGACAGAGUGCACCACCAAUGCGUACUAGAAGCACUGUUGUAGAGAAAACUGCAACAGUAGCUUCCCGGCCGAGCGUACGCUCACAGACCUCUAGCAGCCUUCAGAUUGAGAUGCAAACGAACGUGGCGCACAAAGGAGACGACGAUGAUGACGAUGAUGAUGAAACGCAACUGUUCGUAGAUGAUCGAAAGAGUGAGCUGAAAAUGCCUGAAUCGCGAUACGUGAACUUGGCAAAUUGGAAAUCUUCGUCAAGAGUUGCUCACAAGGACUUCCGCUUCUAUCACGUUACCAAGCUCGAAGAGCUGAAUGAUGAUUCUUGCCAGACUAUAAGUCUGGGCCACCGAGAGCUGGUUGUUACCCCGUCGUUGCUCAUCGUUCUAAAUGUGAUGGUGGCAACGCGGGAGGGCUUUGCGUUUGUAGAAGAAUGGCGGCCUUUGACAUCACUAACAAAGGUAGCUGAACGGGACGGCUUAGACAACGGGCUUGUUUUUCACUUCAAGGAUCGAGCUGUGACCACGCCUGGUUCCAUAGAUAAUGCACAAUCAAGUAACCGACUACUUGUCGUUGUCGAAGGGGCCCAAGCGUGCGCAAAAGUUGUGAAAGACUAUUAUGCGAAGACUCAGGAAUAA